AUGUCUUCCACCGACAACACCGAGCCCAAGGUCGACGAGACCAAGGCGGCCACGGAGACCAAGCCGACAGAGACCAAGCCGACGGAGACCAAGGCUCCUGCCGCCGCCUCCGCGGAUGAGUCGAAGCCCGUGACCUCCUCCGCCGUCUUCUCCAUGUUCGGCGGCGGCGCCAAGAAGGAGAAGAAGGAGGAGGAGGAGCGCGGAGAUGUGUCGGGCAGUGCAAAGGCCCAGCGCGAGGCGGCCAAGGGCGAGGAGGAUGAGGCGCCCGAGAGCGAAGACGUGCACUUUGAGCCCGUCAUCAAGCUGACGGAGAAGGUGGAGACAAAGACCAACGAGGAGUUGGAGUCGCAGGAGUUCAAGAUGCGCGCCAAGCUCUUCAAGUUCAUCAAGGAGAGCAGCGAGUGGAAAGAGCGUGGAACCGGCGACGUUCGGCUGCUGAAGCACAAGGAAAACGGCAAGACGAGACUUGUCAUGCGCCGGGACAAGACGCUCAAGGUCUGCGCCAACCAUUACAUCGUUCCCGAGAUGAAGCUUUCUCCCAACGUUGGAUCCGACCGAAGCUGGGUGUGGAAUGCGGCCGCCGAUGUCAGCGAGGGCGAACCCGAGGCGGUCACCCUGGCCAUCCGCUUUGCCAACUCGGAGAACGCCAACCUGUUCAAGGAUGCCUUCAUGAAGGCCCAGAAGGACAACGAGGCAAUCUUCAAGAAGACAUCCGAGGAGCCUUCUUCCUAG